AAAUGAUGAGAUGAAGGCGAUGGAGGUUUUACCAAUCUUGAAGGAAAAGGUUGCGUUUCUCUCAGGUGGGAGAGAUAAGCAUGGAGGUCCCAUUUUGACAUUUCCAGCACGCAGCAACCAUGACAGAAUAAGACAAGAGGAUCUUAGACGACUUAUCUCUUAUUUAGCCAAUAUUCCCAGUGAGGAGGUGUGCAAGCGAGGAUUCACUGUAAUAGUUGACAUGCGUGGAUCCAAAUGGGACUCCAUUAAGCCACUGCUGAAGAUUCUGCAGGAAUCCUUUCCUCGAUGUAUUCAUGUUGCACUGAUCAUCAAGCCAGACAACUUCUGGCAGAAGCAGAGAACUAACUUUGGCAGCUCCAAGUUUGAGUUUGAGACGAACAUGGUGUCUGUUGAAGGUCUUACCAAAGUGGUGGACCCAUCCCAGCUCACUCCCGAAUUUGACGGCUGCCUGGAGUACAACCACGAGGAGUGGAUUGAAAUCCGUGUUGCGUUUGAAGACUUUAUAAGUAAUGCAUCACACAUGUUAUCCAGACUGGAAGAGCUGCAGGAGAUGCUGGCCAAAAAAGACUUCCCUCAGGAUCUGGAUGGAGCUCGAAAGAUGAUUGAAGAGCACACGUUGCUUAAGAAGAAGGUUAUCAAGGCUCCCAUUGAGGAACUUGACCUGGAAGGGCAAAAACUACUGCAGAGGAUCCAAAGCAGUGAAAGUUUUCCUCAUAAGAACUCCAUAUCGGGGAAUGCAGACUUUCAGGGUCUUGUACCAAAAGUGUCCAGUAUGUUGGACAAACUGCACUCGACGAGACAGCAUCUGCAUCAGAUGUGGCAUGUACGCAAGCUGAAGCUAGAUCAGUGUUUUCAGCUCAGACUCUUUGAACAAGAUGCAGAAAAGAUGUUUGACUGGAUCACUCACAACAAAGGCCUCUUUCUGAACAGCUACACAGAGAUUGGAGCCACUCAUCAGCAUGCGAUGGAACUUCAGACACAGCACAAUCACUUUGCCAUGAACUGCAUGAAUGUAUAUGUAAACAUCAACCGCAUCAUGUCAGUGGCCAAUCGUUUACUGGAAUCAAACCAUUAUGCAUCUCAGCAAAUCAAGCAGAUUGCCAGUCAGCUGGAGCUGGAGUGGAAGGCAUUUGCAGCAGCGCUGGAUGAACGCAGCACCUUACUUGACAUGUCUGCUGUUUUUCAUCAGAAAGCUGAGCAGUAUAUGAGCAAUGUGGAUUCAUGGUGUAAGGCCUGUGGGGAAGUGGAACUUCCCUCAGAACUGCAGGAUUUGGAGGAUUCAAUUCACCAUCACCAGGGUUUAUAUGAACAAAUAACAUUGGCAUAUUCUGAGGUGAGCCAAGAUGGGAAGGCUCUGCUAGAUAAACUCCAACGACCUCUAACCCCCGGCAGUGCUGACUCAUUGAUGGCGACUGCCAAUUAUUCAAAGGCUGUUCACCAUGUGCUGGACAUCAUCCACGAGGUCCUCCACCACCAGCGACAGCUGGAGAACAUCUGGCAACAUCGAAAGGUUCGGCUCCACCAGCGGCUCCAACUCUGUGUCUUUCAACAGGAUGUACAUCAGGUGUUGGAUUGGAUUGAAAACCAUGGUGAGGCCUUUCUCAGCAAACACACUGGAGUGGGGAAAUCUCUGCACAGAGCCAGGGCCCUGCAGAAACGACACGAGGAUUUUGAGGAAGUCGCACAGAAUACGUACACCAAUGCAGACAAGCUUUUGGAAGCAGCAGAACAGUUAGCUCAGACUGGAGAGUGCGACCCUGAAGAAAUUUACCAGGCAGCCCACCAGCUGGAAGACCGCAUCCAGGACUUUGUGAGAAGAGUGGAGCAGAGGAAGAUCUUGCUCGAUAUGUCCGUUUCUUUUCACACCCACGUCAAAGAGCUCUGGACCUGGCUGGAAGACCUACAGAAAGAACUCCUGGAUGAUGUGUAUGCUGAGUCUGUGGAAGCAGUGCAGGACCUCAUCAAGCGCUUUGGGCAGCAGCAGCAGACCACCCUGCAAGUGACAGUCAAUGUCAUCAAGGAAGGGGAGGAUCUAAUCCAGCAACUGAGGGAUUCUGCCAUCUCGAGUAACAAGACUCCACACAACAGCUCCAUUAAUCACAUCGAGAGUGUUCUCCAGCAGCUCGAUGAAGCCCAGGCUCAGAUGGAAGACCUCUUUCAGGAGCGCAAGAUCAAGCUGGAUCUCUUCCUUCAGCUCCGUGUUUUUGAACGGGAUGCUAUAGAUGUUGGCCAGUUCCAAUUUCCCAACAGUUCACAGAUCAUUUCAGACCUCGAGUCUUGGAAUGACGAGCUGUCUCAACAGAUGAAUGACUUUGACACUGAGGACCUGACCCUUGCUGAGCAGAGAUUGCAACAUCAUGCGGACAAAGCCUUAACCAUGAACAACCUGACUUUCGAUGUGAUCCACCAGGGACAAGAGCUGUUGCAGUAUGUGAACGAGGUGCAGGCCUCAGGUGUUGAGUUAACCUGUGACCGAGACGUUGACAUGGCAACCCGGGUGCAGGACCUACUGGAAUUUCUUCACGAGAAGCAGCAGGAGCUGGACCUCACGGCAGAGCAGCACCGACGGCACUUGGAGCAAUGUGUUCAGCUACGUCACCUCCAGGCUGAGGUCAAGCAGGUACUGGGUUGGAUCCGGAAUGGUGAAUCUAUGCUAAAUGCUGGUCUCAUCACUGCCAGUUCACUUCAGGAAGCUGAGCAAUUGCAGCGGGAGCAUGAGCAGUUCCAGCAUGCCAUUGAGAAAACCCAUCAAAGUGCCCUGCAGGUGCAGCAGAAAGCAGAAGGCAUGUUGCAGGCCAACCACUAUGACAUGGAAAUGAUCCGGGAGUGUGCAGAGAAAGUCGCCUCCAACUGGCAGCAGCUCAUGCUAAAGAUGGAAGAUCGGUUGAAGCUCGUCAAUGCUUCUGUUGCAUUCUAUAAAACUUCAGAACAGGUUUGCAGUGUAUUGGAGAGCCUGGAACAGGAAUACAAACGCGAAGAGGACUGGUGCGGAGGAACCGACAAGCUGGGUCCAAAUUCAGAGUGUGAUCACGUGACGCCCAUGAUCAGCAAACACCUGGAACAAAAGGAAGCUUUUCUCAAAGCGUGCACUUUAGCACGAAGGAAUGCUGACGUCUUCCUGAAGUAUCUCCACAGAAACAGUGUAAACAUGCCAGGAAUGAUGAGUCACGUCAAAGCCCCUGAGCAGCAAGUGAAGAACAUUCUCAACGAGCUGUUACAAAGGGAGAACCGAGUUUUGCAUUUCUGGACGAUGCGGAAGAAGAGACUAGACCAGUGCCAGCAAUAUGUUGUGUUUGAGAGGAGCGCCAAGCAGGCACUGGAGUGGAUCCAUGAUACUGGAGAAUUCUAUCUGUCCACACACACAUCUACAGGUUCCAGUAUCCCACACACUCAAGAGCUUUUAAAAGACCAUGAAGAAUUUCAAAUCACCGCAAAGCAAACCAAAGAGCGUGUGAAGCUGCUAAUUCAGUUGGCUGAUGGUUUUUGUGAUAAAGGACACUCCCAUGCAGUUGAAAUCAAAAACUGGGUCACAGCAGUGGAUAAGAGAUAUCGGGACUUCUCCCUUCGCAUGGAGAAAUACCGCGUGUCACUAGAAAAGGCACUGGGGAUAUCCGACUCCAAAGCAAGCAAAGACUUGCAGUUGGACAUUAUCCCAGCGAGUGCUCCUGGGUCAGAGGUGAAACUUCGUGAUGCCGCCCAUGAGCUCAAUGAAGAAAAGCGCAAAUCAGCUCGCAGGAAAGAAUUCAUUAUGGCUGAAUUGAUCCAAACAGAGAAAGCCUAUGUGCGAGAUCUUCGAGAAUGUCUGGAGACCUAUCUCUGGGAAAUGACCAGUGGUGUAGAUGAAAUUCCACCUGGGAUUGUAAAUAAAGAUAAUAUAAUAUUUGGUAAUAUGCCAGAAAUCUACGAAUUCCAUAACAACAUAUUUCUGAAAGAGCUGGAAAAGUAUGAACAGUUACCAGAAGAUGUGGGUCACUGCUUUGUUACCUGGGCUGACAAGUUCCAUAUGUACGUAACAUACUGUAGGAACAAGCCAGAUUCAACGCAGCUCAUCCUGGAGCAUGCAGGGGCCUACUUCGAUGAAAUACAGCAGCGACAUGGACUGGCCAACUCGAUCUCUUCCUAUCUUAUCAAACCUGUACAGAGAAUAACCAAGUAUCAGCUGCUUCUAAAGGAGCUGUUGACUUGUUGUGAAGAAGGAAAGGGAGAGAUUAAAGAUGGUCUGGAGGUGAUGCUGAGCGUGCCAAAGCGAGCUAAUGAUGCCAUGCAUCUCAGUAUGCUAGAAGGGUUUGAAGAGAACCUGGAAUCCCAGGGAGAGCUGAUCCUGCAAGAGUCCUUCCAAGUGUGGGAUCCUAAAUCCUUAAUCCGCAAAGGCCGAGAAAGACAUCUCUUCUUGUUUGAAAUGUCACUCAUCUUCAGUAAAGAAAUCAAAGAUUCCAACGGAAGGAGUAAAUAUAUCUACAAACACAAACUGCUUACCUCAGAGCUGGGGGUCACAGAACAUGUUGAAGGGGAUCACUGCAAGUUUGCAUUGUGGGUUGGAAGAACUCCUACAUCAGACAACAAAAUUGUCUUAAAGGCUUCUAGUGUUGAAAACAAGCAAGAUUGGAUCAAACAUAUCCGCGAGGUUAUACAGGAAAGGACCAUCCAUCUAAAGGGAGCGCUGAAAGAAGCGAUCCAUCUGCCCAAACCCACGUCUCACAAGCAUAAAGGGAGAAGGGAUGGUGAGGAACUGGACAGCCAAGGAGAUGCCAGUAGUCAGCCUGACACCAUCUCUAUUGCAUCACGGACCUCACAGAACACACUUGACAGUGAUAAGCUAUCUGGUGGUUGUGAAUUAACAGUAGUCAUCCACGACUUCCCAGCCUCCAACAGCAAUGAGCUGAGCAUUCGUCGGGGUCAGACCGUGGAAGUUCUAGAGAGGCCCCACGACAAGCCAGACUGGUGCCUUGUGCGAACAACUGAUCGUUCCCCUGCUGCAGAGGGACUGGUUCCCAGCAGCGUUCUAUGUAUUGCACAUUCACGAAGCAGUAUGGAAAUGGAGGGAAUCUUCAACCACAAAGAUUCCCUCUCAGUGUCCAGCAAUGAUGCAAGCCCUCCUGCUUCAGUGACCUCUCUCCAACCCCACGCUGUGAGCACCACCCAAAGCUCACCAGGCCCAAAGCGUCCCGGCAACACUCUGCGGAAAUGGCUCACCAGCCCAGUGAGACGUCUCAGCAGUGGCAAGGCCGACGGCCAUGUGAAGAAACUAGCCCACAAACACAAAAAGAGCAGGGACGUCCGGAAGAGUGCUGACGUGGGAGCUCAAAAAGACUCGGAUGAGAGCGCAGCGACUCCCCAGGAAGAAACCGUGGAUGAGAGGGGACGGAAUGAAGGGCUCAGCAGUGGCACACUGUCCAAAUCCUCGUCCUCUGGCAUGCAGAGCUGUGGAGAGGAAGAAGGUGAAGAAGGAGCAGAUGCAGUUCCUCUUCCUCCUCCGAUGGCCAUUCAGCAACACAGUCUCCUCCAGCCUGACUCUCAGGAUGAUAAGACAUCCUCUCGUCUAUCGGUGCGCCCCACAAGCUCAGAGACUCCCAGUGCGGCAGAGCUUGUCAGUGCCAUUGAAGAGCUUGUGAAGAGUAAAAUGGCACUGGAGGAUCGGCCCACCUCUCUGUCUGUUGAUCAGGCAGACAGUAGCAGUCCAUCCUUCAACCCAUCUGAUAACUCUCUGCUGUGUACUUCCUCCUCCUCGCCCAUCGACGAAAUGGAAGAAAGGAAAUCUAGUUCCUUAAAGAGGCGACACUAUGUCUUACAGGAGCUGGUAGAGACUGAGCGUGAUUACGUGCGAGAUCUGGGCUGUGUGGUGGAAGGCUACAUAGCAGUAAUGAAAGAAGACGGUGUUCCUGAUGAUAUGAAGGGAAAAGAUAAGAUUGUGUUUGGCAAUAUACAUCAGAUCUACGACUGGCACAAAGACUUCUUUCUUGGUGAACUGGAGAGAUGCCUUGAGGAUCCUGACAAGUUGGCUUCCCUCUUUGUCAAGCAUGAGAGAAGACUGCAUAUGUACAUAGUUUACUGCCAGAACAAGCCCAAAUCUGAGCACAUCGUCUCAGAAUACCUUGACACCUAUUUUGAGGAUGUAAAACAACGGCUUGGUCACCGGUUACAGCUAACAGACCUGCUAAUAAAACCGGUGCAGCGGAUAAUGAAAUACCAGCUCCUGCUGAAGGACUUUCUUAAGUACUCCAGGAAGGCAGCAGUAGACACAAUGGAACUGGAGAGAGCUGUGGAGGUCAUGUGCAUUGUCCCAAAACGAUGCAAUGAUAUGAUGAAUGUCGGACGGCUGCAAGGAUUUGAUGGAAAAAUUAUAGCCCAGGGAAGAUUGCUUCUCCAAGACACCUUCUUAGUUGUAGACCAGGAUGCUGGGCUUCUUUCACGCAGUAAAGAGCGGAGAGUCUUCCUAUUUGAGCAGAUUGCAAUAUUCAGUGAACCUUUAGACAAGAAGAAAGGGUUCUCCAUGCCCGGCUAUUUAUUUAAAAACAACAUCAAGGUGAGCUGCCUUGGCUUGGAAGAGAAUGUGGAUAAUGAUCCAUGUAAAUUUGCACUUACCUCACGAUCAACCGAAGGUAGUGUGGAAACCUACGUUCUGCAAGCAUCGAACCCUACAGUGCGCCACAUCUGGAUUCAUGAAAUCAACCAAAUUUUAGAAAACCAGCGCAACUUCUUAAAUGCUUUGACAUCUCCGAUUGAGUAUCAGAGGAAUCACGUUGGCCCCAGUGGACCCAAUAGCUGUAGCGGUGGGAGCAGCACAAGCCGUUCUCGACCAUCUCGGAUCCCCCAGCCCAUCCGUCACCAUUCCCCAGUCCUGGUCUCCUCUGCAGCCUCAGCCCAGGCCGAGGCAGACAGGUUGACAGGUAUGUCUCCUCGCAACCCUCCCCCGACGACACUCAACAGCACCUUAGAUUCUGGCUGCAGCCAAUCUGACAGGCACCUGGAGCGAGAAGGCUGCGAAAGAGACUCGGAGCAGAUUCCCAGGACCAAGGUCCUCGAGAGCCCCAGGAAAACACUAACCAACGCAGGAGAAGGAAAUCUGAAGGAAUUACGAGUUAGUCUAGAAGAGAACCGUUCGCCGAGAGGCAGUGUGGGCUCUCUGACGUUAGGGAAGCAACGUCCAGGAACCACAUCACCUUUGAGUUCACCGCUGUCUACAACCUUCCCUUCCUCUCCCUUCAGCAAAGAGCCCUUUCCUCCUGGCAGUCCAGUUCUUAAGGGCUCCUUCUGGAGCUCGCACCCAGCUUCACCAGCCAGUCGCCCCGGUUCCUUCACCUUCCCUGGGGACACGGACUCGCUGCAGCGACAGGUCCACCGUCACUCCACGCACAGCAAGGACACUGAUCGCAUGAGCACAUGCUCCUCGACCAGCGAGCAGUCGGUGCAUUCCACCCAGAGCAACGGGAGUGAAAGUAGCAGCAGCAGUAAUAUCUCCACCAUGCUGGUAACACAUGAUUACACCGCCGUGAAAGAGGAUGAGAUCAAUGUCUGCCAGGGCGAGGUAGUGCAGAUCCUGGCCAGCAACCAACAGAACAUGUUUCUGGUGUUUCGGGCAGCCACUGACCUGUGCCCGGCAGCAGAGGGAUGGAUUCCUGGCUAUGUACUAGGUCACACAACUAUAAUAAUCCCGGACAACCCUGAAGGAACACUAAAGAAGUCAACGUCUUGGCACACUGCUCUCCGUUUAAGAAAAAAGAAUGAAAAAAAGGAUAAGGAGGGCAGAAAAGAAGGAAAGCUGGAAAAUGGCUUCCGAAAGUCACGAGAAGGAUUACCCAAUAAGGUAUCAGUUAAGCUCCUGAACCCCAACUAUAUUUAUGACGUUCCCCCUGAGUUUCUCACCCCACUAACAGACGUGACAUGUGAGGCAGGGGAGACGGUCACCCUGAAAUGCCGAGUCUGUGGUCGCCCCAAAGCUGCAAUAACUUGGAAGGCCCCAGACCAGAGCACGCUGAGCAACGAUGGGCAUUAUAGCAUCAUGUACAGUGAUUCUGGUGACACCACGCUCAGGAUAUUCAAUGUGAGCACUGAAGAUGAUGGCACUUACACGUGUAUAGCUGUGAAUGAUGUGGGAUCAGCCUCCUCCUCUGCAAUCCUGAGAGUUCUAGGACCUGGAAGUGAUGGAAUCCAUGUGAUCUGGAAAGAUAACUUUGAUUCCAUUUACACUGAGGUAGCAGAGAUUGGCAGGGGAAGGUUCUCUGUGGUUAAAAGAUGUGACCAGAAGGGAACUAAACGAGAGGUGGCUGCAAAACUCAUCAACAAAAAAAUGAUGAAAAGGGACCAGGUUAUUCAUGAGCUUAGGAUCAUGCAAAAUCUCCAGCACCCUCAGCUUAUUGGCCUUCUGGAUACCUUUGAAACGUCAACCAACUAUAUACUUAUACUCGAAAUAGCGGACCAAGGUCGCCUUCUCGACUAUAUAGUAAAUUGGGGGAAUCUGACUGAAGAGAAAGUGGCAUCGUAUCUCAGAGAAACUCUGGAAGCCCUCCACUAUCUACACAACUGCAGAAUUGCCCACCUAGACAUCAAGCCAGAAAAUGUGCUGGUAGACCACAGCUCAGCCAAACCACUCAUCAAGCUUGCUGACUUUGGAGAAGCCGAACAGCUAACUACAGCGUAUUACAUUCAUCAGUUGCUGGGAAAUCCUGAGUUUGCAGCACCAGAAAUUAUUUUAGGAAAUUCUGCCUGUCUUACCUCAGACACGUGGAGCACUGGAGUGCUUGCCUAUGUCCUCCUUAGUGGUGUGUCUCCGUUUUUGGAUGAGUGUGUCGAGGAAACCUGCUUGAAUAUCUGCCGGCUGGACUUCAGCUUCCCUGACGACUAUUUCAGUGGCGUCAGUCAAGCUGCCAAAGAUAUUGUUUGUUUCUUACUACAGGGAGAUUCAAGCAAACGGCCCUCAGCUGCAGUGUGCCUCCAGGAGCCUUGGCUGCAGCCGGGCAUCCACAAAAGUACUGAAAUUCUGAACACGUCACGACUGACUUCCUUCAUUGAACGGCGCAAACACCAGAACGAUGUUCGACCGGUUGGUAACAUAAAAAACUUCUUACAAAGUAGACUCUUGCCAAGAGUGUGACCCUAAAAGUGGAGAUUUUUUACUCAUUCUCUUUCACCUGCCAACAAGGUUGGGGACGGUGUCUCCAGCCAAUCAGCUGUUGACUUGAAUAAAACUAAGAGUGUAUCAGCUGCUAUACACAUGUGUCAGUGUGUGGAAUUACAUGCCAAGGAACCCUGCAAAAAACAGUACUUGGGAUCCAGUGCCAUCCAUGGAAUGCAAUGCUGGUGGGGAGGAAAAACAAGUUCUGCACGAACAGCUGGAUUCUCAUAUUUGACAGUAUUUUAUUUCCAAUCCCUGGAAACCACUUUUCAUACAUUGUCUAGGAAAUCAUAGAGAACAAAUCUUCAUUAUUGUUGUAAUAUUUAAUAAAACUCACUGGAGUUUGAAACUGUUAAUGAUGUGAUUUUAAAAACAAGUUAGCCAAUAAAGAACAAGUUUUCUUUUUCCUCCCCACAUGGUUGUCUGUUAAAGCAACCAUGGAAUAAUAAGACUAAACACCUGAUUUUUACUGGUCAUAAAGCUUUCUGAUCGCCUCACCAAUAUUUAAAUUAUAAUCCCAUACAUUUAGCCAGAUAUGGCUCAAGUGUUUACUGCUGCAAGUUCAACCUCGGACCUUUUGCGUAUAAUAGAAAAAAAGUUGUGUUGCUCUGAUUAUAUAUAAGCCUUACUUGUAUAAAGACCGUUAUCUGCCUUCAGUCUGUAUUUUUUUAAUGGUUUGCCAUUCUGGAACUCAUCCCCCCCACCCACUCAUCCCCCAGCCAGGCCAUCGAUGCUCUCUUUUUGUUAAGGAGGGGGAUUUUGGAGUUGCACCAUGGCCUGUCAAUCAGAUUGCAGAGCAGUUAAGGAGGAAUACGUACUGUAAAUGCACUCAUUGUAUUUUACGUUUUAAUUCAUAUCAUGUGCAAUGUUGUGGCUUUAACAUUUUAUGCAACUCUAUUUAUGAAGACCUCUGUUGUAUCUGUAAUAAAUAUUAAAGAAAAGCACGUACUUGGUACUGCGAAUAACACAGUCGUUUGAGUUCUUUAUCGUGCUCCUCUUCAGUAAACCGGCUAACUACAAGAAAUUGCAUCGCAGUCGAGUAUAUUUGGGGCAUGAGCAGUAAUUCAUCAAACCCAGGAGAUGCAACUCUGCAGUAUGUCUGCUUAUAUCUAGAGAUACUGGCAAACCAACAAUACUGGGGAAGAAAAAUGGGAACUCAAAACUGGAUGCAUUUUCAUGCCAAACUCAUGUUAUUUUUUAAUGUAUAAUAGCCUGUUCAAUUCCUUUUUUAAGUUUUUAUCAAUUUUGCAUGUAUAUUUCUUUUGUACAGAAUCCAUUAAGUGUUUCACAAAUAGUGCUGUAAAUACUUUCUUUGCCAUCUGUUUUUUUUUCAAAUUAAACAUAUGCUGCAACACAA